CUACCAGGCCCAGUAUACUACUCGACGGUCGUUGAUAUUGCAUUACCUUUGUUAUUGCUCGAGUCCAGUUGUAAAAACUACAACAAAAUCAUGUCGUCUACAUUGUUUUUUAUUCUGGUGAUGGUUUGUUUUGUCAGUGGCUCUCUCUCCCAAGACGCAAAUUACAUACUGGGGGCUGGAAUUGCAGAUAUUACUGGUCCUGCUGCAGAUGCAAACUUGAUGGGCUAUGCUAACCCAUCGCAGACUGCAGGUGGGAUUUCUAUACGCCAGUUCAGCAGGGCGUUUGUGAUUGCCGACAGCAAGGGGGAGAAACGCUUUGUCUUUGUGAGCAUUGAUGCUGGCAUGCAGGACCAAGGCGUUACUUUAGAGGUGAUCUCAAGAUUGAAGACCGCAUAUGGAGGCCUUUACAACGAAACCAACGUGGCUAUCAGUGGAACCCACAGUCAUUCUGGAACAGCUGGAUUCCUGCAGUUUGUUCUCUUUGAUGUAACCUCUCUAGGAUUCAUCAAAGAAACCUUUGAAGUCAUGGUUGCAGGCAUUGUCAAGAGUAUAGAGAGUGCACACGAGAGCAUGGUUCCAGGCAACAUCUAUCAUAAUGAGGGCAUACUCCUUGAUUCUAAUAUCAACCGCAGUCCGACAGCCUAUGAGAACAACCCUAAAGAGGAGCAAGCAAGAUAUAAGUACAACGUGGACAAACUGAUGACAGUUCUAAAACUGGUGGAUACAAAUGGGGCAGACAUAGGAAUGAUCAAUUGGUUUGCAGUCCAUGGAACCUGCAUGAACAACACCAACAAGCUGAUCAGUGGCGACAACAAGGGAUAUGCCUCACAGCUCAUGGAGAAACAUUUCAAUCCAGGAGCUCUACCAGGCAAGGGCAAGUUUGUAGCCGCGUUUGCUUCCAGUAACCUUGGCGAUGUGUCGCCCAACACUAAAGGAGCUCGCUGCAUCGACACUGGACUGCCUUGUGACAGGAACAGCAGCACCUGUGGUGGAAAGACUGAAAUGUGCAUUGCCUUUGGACCUGGUGAAGACAUGUUUGACAGCACAAGGAUCAUUGGUGAAAACCAGUAUAAGAAAGCAAUGGAGUUGUACAGCGUUGCUAGUCGAAUGCUAACUGGUCCUAUAGGAUUUGUCCAUCAGUAUGUAAACAUGACGGAUGUGACCGUGCAUUACAAUUCAAGCUUCAAGGGGAAAACCUGCAAGCCCUCUAUGGGUUACAGCUUUGCGGCUGGAACAACAGACGGACCGGGAGCCUUUGAUUUCACCCAAGGAGUCACAGAGGGCAACCUGUUCUGGAACCUUGUAAGGAAUGCUUUAAAGAAACCCUCACCCGAGCUCAUCGCCUGCCAACAUCCUAAGCCAAUCCUUCUGGCUACAGGAGAGAUGAACUUUCCAUAUGAAUGGUCACCUCACAUUGUGGACACCCAGAUUCUUCGCAUCGGGGAUUUCGCAAUCCUUGCUAUACCUGGGGAAUUCACAACAAUGUCAGGAAGGAGAGUAAGAGAGGCCGUCACCAAGGAGAUGAUUGCAAACGGAGCCUCAGCUAAUGCUACAGCGGUAGUAGCAGGAUUGACCAAUACUUAUAGUGACUAUAUUGUGACAUACGAGGAGUACCAGGUGCAGAGAUAUGAGGGAGCUUCUACGAUCUUUGGGCAGCACACUCUGCAAGCAUACAUCAACCAGUUCAGAAACCUUACAACAAAUAUGAUGCAGGAUAAGACUCCACCACGAGGUCCCAUCCCAAAGAGUCUGAUUGAUGAUCAGGUGUCCUUUCUUCCACCGGUCUUCUUUGAUGAAACUCCCAUCGGAAAGAGCUUUGGAGAAGUCCUCACAGAUGUCAGUGGCACAACUUUUAAGAAGGGAUCAGUUGUCCAAGCGGUUUUUCAAGCUGGUAACCCACGGAAUAAUCUGAGAACUGGUGAAUCAUUCAUGACUGUUGAAUACCUGGACCCUACCAAGCAAACAUGGACGGUUGUACACACAGAUGCUGACUUCUGCACCAGAUUCAUUUGGACGCGUACAAGCACGUUGCUUGGUCACAGCGAGGUCACCGCCUAUUGGGACAUCCCAUUGGACACACCUAUGGGCACCUACCGUCUCAGGGUGUUUGGAGAAUCUAAAGAUAUCGCACAGAAGAUCAGUAGCUAUGAAGGAACGUCUUCACAGUUCAAGGUUACUCAAUAGAUUGACAAGAUCAGAGACUCCAAUAUCCCUUUAAGUGUUCCUAUUCUCCCACUUAACCACUUAUUCAAGGCAUAACUUUGUCUCGAGUCUUCAUAAAAUGUGUUAUGUGAUUAAAAUCAAAUCAAAUGCAAGAACUACCUUCACAGUUCAAGGUUACUCAAUAGAUUUGAAAGGUUCAGAGACACCAACUCCACCCCACUUUCAUUUCUAAAAAUCUCCCUUUGUUCUAUUAAUCGUUUGAAUCCUGAAUUCUCUCAUUCCCAUAAACUUAACAUGGAAUCACUUGGUCCCGGUAGUGAGCGGGUAAAAGGUAUAGACCAGUUUUGGAAACACCCCCCUCUCAAAAAAAGAAAUGGAAGCUCUUAUUACCAAUCAUGUGAAAGAACAUGUUUUGACUAAUACAUGAUGAUACAAAAUAGAUAAUACACCCGUGUCGCGCACGUGUGCGUAGUCCCAUAUUCAUCUUUCUGUGAACAGUGCUUGUAACUUUAGGAAGACUGGGCCAAAUUUCUUAUCAUUUUGAUGAUUCUAGAACCUUGCAGUACACACCAAUACUUAUAUGCUAGAUGAUCAACCUUUUCUGAUCGAUUCCACAACGUUUCUUUCACAAUGCAAUCGCAUGACCAGAACUGGUCUUUAUCUUUAAGGUAGCAUUUCCUCCUGUUAAACUGUGUGAUCUCCAUCAUAGGGAAUAAAGUGAUAGAAUUAAGGUUGGCAAUAUCUACAAGUACUAUCAGGGUUCUAUUGAAUAACAUGUAGAUGUCAAGUUUUGGAAAGCUUUGGAACUGUAGUUGCAGAAAAAUAGAGAAAUAAAAGCAACAUAAAGGUAAUUCUUUCACUUGCAGUUUUGAGUAGACAAAUCACAUUUGUUGUUUUAGGUCUUAGAAACUUUGGUUGCUUUUCCACCUCCUUCUCUCUCUCUCUCUCUCUCUCUCUUUCUCUAUUUAUCUUGCCCUAUUGUUAUAUCUCUGUCUCAGGUGCAUACUAGUCACUCUUUUGCCACAUGCAAUUUUGCACAAAGCAAUGCCACCAAUUGGCAGAAUUAUGCAACACAAUGGUCUUGAUUAGCUCAAUGACAGCACUUUUAAAGGUACUAUGUCCCAUUUGCAGGCCAAAAAAAUGAAAAGGUUAAAUUCCAACUGCAUUUGAAAGGUAAUACUAAUUUAGA